AUGCGUUGACAGAGACAUUUCAGGGAUUUUGAGUCAUUCUGCGCUCCAAAUGGAUUAAUUAUGUUACAUUUUUUAAUCGUGUUCAUCGUGAUGACGGUGUUAACGUUGACAGGCCUAGUUUGCUGGUUUGUUUUUAUUUUGUUUUAUUUUGCGAGCUGGUUAUUAAAUACCGCUGCAGCCAGCCAGAGAAUCCCCCGCCGGCUCGCCCCUCUCCUCCUUGUGGCAGGCAGCAGGCGCAAACUGAGGGCGCCUUUACUCCCCGCAAAUGAGUAAUAGAAAACUGAUCGGUGCCCAAGCAAUCCCCAAAAUGCGCUGGCAUGAUGUUGGGGCAGCAUGGGCGCGAGCAACUGUUUUUUUUUCUUUUCUUUUUUUCGCCGACGCCAUGAUGCCGCCCCCCACCACAGUGACGCCCUGGGCAACUGCCUAUGUCGCCCAUAUCAAAAACCGCCACUGAUACCAAGUACGUCACCUUCUUGUCCUGCGCCAUCCACAACAUACUCACAUACUCAAGUAAUGUUACUCGAGUUGUAUUAUACUUGAUUAGUUGGGAGAAGUAUUGAGACAAGUUCUGAAAAAUGCACCGACUUCCCAGAUAAACAGAUGUCCCCAUUGGAAGUCACCAAGAAACUGCAGUAAUGAAUAUUCACUUUAUUGCGGCGUUCUCCCUCUUAAGUCAUGUAGUAUCUCCAGUGAAACACUCCCUGAAGUUGAUUUUCAUUGAAUCAUCUGGAGUCCAAGACUUUGUGGGUGUCCUGUGGGCUGAUGAAACUGAGCUGGUGCACUGCAACACCAAACUCAACAAAGCAGAACCAAAACCAAACUGGCUUAAAGAAUUCAUGAAAAGCAAUCAAGAACACAACGACUUGUACACUCAAGAGUGUCUUCAUAGUCAACAUUUUUUUAAAGACACAUUAAAUGUAUUGAGAAGGAGUUGCAGCCAAACUGAAGGUGUUCACACCCUUCAGAGAAUGUAUGGAUGUGAAUGGGACAAUGAGACUGAAGAGGUCAAAAGUUUUGAUCGAUAUGGUUAUGAUGGAGAAGACCUUAUGGAAUUUAACCAGGAGACACAGACAUGGCUCAUUUCAACUCCUUGUGCUAGCAUUGUCAAACACAAGUUAGACAAUCAGCAAAUUAGAAUAGCAGAUAUUAACCAUUACCUCACAAAUGUGUGUUCUAAAUGGCUGAAACAGUAUCUGGACUAUGGAAAAUAUUUUCUACAACGAACAGACUGGCCUUCAGUGUCUCUCCUCCAGAAGACUCCCUCCUCUCCAGUCAGCUGCCACGCUACAGGUUUCUCUCCUGCCCGAGCCGUUAUGUUCUGGAGGAAAGAUGGAAAAAAACUUUAUCAAUUCACGGACCGUGAACAGAUAUACCCUAAUCAGGACAGGACGUUCCAAAUGAAUGUCGUCCUAAAAUUUUCUUCAGUCACACCUGAGGAAUGGUCAAGGUAUGACUGUGUGUUUCAGCUUUCUGCUGUCAAAGAAGACAUCAUCAUCAAACUGGACCAAAAAGUGAUCAAGAGUAACAGAGAUUAUUUAAUCUGUACAAGUCCCGAAGAGAACAAUGAUUAUUACAUCAAAGUUUCCGUGUUUUUUUUUUUUGUUCUACUCAUCAUAGUCCUUGUUUUCAUCGUGUACAAGAUUACAGUUGACGAAAGCAAUCAAAAGAAAGACUUGGAGACAUUGAAGUACUCCCCCAUCGCUGCACUGGUUCUUGCUCUCAUCCUUUGUUGUUUAACUGGAGUUCACUUUUACAAAACGAAUACUGAUUUCUCCAUAAUUCUUCGAUCUGAUUAUGCGUUGAAAUGGAGAGAGCCAUUACCUGGAAUACAAUGGGGACCCUGAAACAGGACGUAAUUAUAAGACCUUGACUUUACAUAUUGAAGUAUUAAUGCAUUUGUUUUUUAUUUACCAUUGAUUGAUUUGCACACUGAUAUUGUUUCGCUGACUUGUUGAAUGGACAUUAUAUGCCUCACUACUUGAAUGCAAACACAAGGCUGUGUUUGUAUAUUAUUUCAGUACAAACUGUGUUUUGAAUUUAUCUUUGUACUGUGGAUUCAUAACUGUGUAGACUCACAAAUUAUCAUGGUUAGUGCUGGCCAACCGUGGGGAUGUGAGGAAGAAGGACCCAAAUGCUGGACUCUUUAUGAUAAACAGUGCAUUUAUUUACAGUGGUGUAAACAAUCCACAGAAUAAUAAAUCCCCAUGUGUUCCCUUGACUGCCUUGUUGUGUCCUCCACCCACAAGUCCGUGCUCUUCCCCUCCUGUGUGUCCUGGCACCCUGUGCUCUUGUCUUUCUACGCUCCUUCCUGGAUAAAAUAACAAAGAAGCAACCAUCAGGACACUCAACCACUGUGGGUAUGCACUCAUUUAACUUGGCUCACAAAGACCACUGAUGUGGAGUCUCACACAACAAUCCCGCGCCGAGGAGCGCUUGGCCACACUCCCCGACGAGGCUUCAUUAGCUGCAGGUGUGUGUGAUCAUCCGCUUCAGGCAUGGCCAGCCUCCAGAGGGUAAAUGGCCUGAUUUGUAAAUGUACAGCUUUUCUAGUCCCUAAGAACCCCAAAGCGCUUUACACAACCAGUCAUCCACAUAUUCACACAAUGGUGAUGGCAAG